UGGGAUUUGGAGGGGGCCUAAUUCCGUACUUAACUCCUAGCCCGUUAUCUUAGGUGUCAACAGACCGGCCUGUCCCCAACUCUCCUCCCUCCACGUGGCGCAAGCCCGCCUUCUCUCUCUCUCCUCAGUCUUUUAUUUGUGUUGGUGUUGUUCCCCCGACGUUGUUCAAACCUAGUCCAACUAAGGGAAGAAAGAGAGAAUCUUGAGAAGAAAUUGUGGAUUCUUGAAAAGGGUUGGGGAGGAAAGACCGAAAAUUGUUCGAGUUCAUUUGGAUUUUUGAAAAGGGUUGCUGGGAGAAAGAAAGAGAGAAUCUUGAAGUUCAAUCUUAGGUUUUAUUUGAGGAGGAGUUGUGAAUUCUUGAAAAGGGUUGUGAGAAAGAUAAAAAAAAGGAGGGAAGAUCAUUGAAGUUCAUUUGGAUUUUUGAAAAGGAUUAGGGAGAAAAUGGAGGUUUUGAAGGUAUCUAUGGAGAAAGAAGAGGAAAAGGGGGAUGAAUUUGAGCUGAGUUUGGAGUUGUCUAUAGGUGGGAGCUAUGGGAAAUCAGAGGAUUUAAGGGGGAAAACAAGUGAGGAAAAUGUGAACAAUUGUGGUGGGAUUUCAUCAAGAUCUGAUUUUUCUUGCGGUGUGGGGAAUGAGAAUGGGUAUGAAUGUGUGGAUCUGCAAAGGAGAAGGGAGAUUCAGGCGUUGAGAAGACAAGAAGCCCGCAAGAAAAGAGAGGAGAAGCUCAAGAAAUCAAGAGUGGUGAAUGGGGUGGGAUUUGUGGAGGAUAAAUUGUUGUUUGAGGCUCAGAAAUUUCAAGGCAGAGUUCAAGAUAGAGAAAUUAGAGAGAGAGAUGGUUUUCAAGAAGAACUAGCUAGAAAAAGGGACAAGAAUUAUGGGACCCAUAAUGAGGUUGUUGCAAAUGGCUUGAGUCUCUCCUUGUUCACUCAUGACAACAAGAUUCACAGGGAGAGGGACUGUUUGAACCCAAAGGUACAACACAUGCCUCCUGGGAAUGGAUUUGUAUAUCCUUGUGUACCUCCAUUUUUAGCAGAUUGUGAUUCAGAACAUAGUAAUGGGAUGAGUGAUCGUGGGAAUAUGAGGACGACAACGACAAUGUCCAACGGGUCGAUGGAACGUAGUUCUUCUGCUGUUUCUGAUUACCAGAGCACCUCCCAGAAAGGUGGGGGGAGCAACAGCGACGCAGGAAGCAACUCAAGUCCCUUAUUCUCGCGCGCGAAUCUCAGCAUUUCCACUAACGCAUCGCAUCACCUCGAAAGCAACGGUUCAUCUUCUCAGACAGAACAAGAUCGAAUUCUUGCCGGAGUGCCGGACCACCACGCCAAGGUGGCUUCAUCAAGAAAUCCUCAGCCAAGCUGGAGCAAAUUCACCGGCAACAACCAUACCAACAACGCUUGCUCAUCGUCUGAGAAAGAAACGAGCGGCUGCCCGGUCGAUAAGCCUCCAAAACUACCAAACGAAAACCUCACUGCAGCUUGUCUCGCACGAAUGCCAUGCGUGUCGGCCACAGGAAACGGACCGAACGGUACGACAGUAACUGGAUUCUUGUACAAGUACACAAAGACGGAGGUGAGCAUCAUGUGUGUUUGCCAUGGCAGCUCGUUUUCACCAGCCGAGUUCGUGGAGCAUGCCGGAUGUGUGGGCGUAUCACACCCGUUGAGGCACAUCACCAUCGUCCCGUCAGCCUUCCGAUAACUAGCAAUUCUUGAAUGCUAUGAUCUUCUUUUUGUUUUUGGUUUCUAGUUAAGUUGUGUAGGCACAUAUCUAUGGUAAAAGAUGAAGAGUUUUGGAGUACAUAUUGUUGAGCCUUUUUGUUUAGUGUAAGAAAUAAGAUGUUACUGCACAAGGAGUAGGAAUUUUUUCAUGUUUUUUACUCUCCUCUUUUUAAACGGUAAUUAAAUAGAUUAAA